AUGGCAAUUCCUACAGCGGCGAUUGCGUGGCGACAUUCACGACCGCGACAGGUCUUGAGAUAUGGCUUUUGUUUGGCUUUCGGUGCCACAUUUAGCACGCAUUCUGCAGUGUUGUACAAUCCAGGCGAGUAUCCUACUUCCUUUCGUUCCCCACUGGAUCGGCUGAAUCACCUUCCUGCCGAAGAAGCCACAGCACAGACAGCAGAACCCAAAACAAUUCAGCUCAAAAUGCGCUGCCACUGCGGGAGGUGUUCUAUGGACUGGGACGUUAAGACUCAGCACUUGAGUGUAACACGAUGCUAUUGUCCCGCUUGCCGCCACUUUCAAGCCAGUGCUUUCGCAGCCUACCUCGCAGUUUCGGUACCUCUUGAACUGACAGGUGGCUACGUUCAGAAGCUGCGCGGGACUUGCGAAACCCUCGAUACGGUAGAGAGGCUCCUGUGUUCCAAGUGCUUCACCAAGCUGGCUGUUUUGCCUCUUGGAAGACCAGGCGAAAUUUUGCUUUCUUUGGGUUCCGUGGCAGAUAAUUCGAUUCCGGCUUGGCUGGCAUCACGGUGGCAGACUUGUUUCGAAGAGUGGAGUCGGGAUUCCGAGCCAUUAUGGUGGCGAGCAAGACCUGGACCAUGUGCUUUGCCUCGUCGCAGCCUGCAGUUGCAGGGUGGCUGCGCAUGUGGAAGAUGUUCCUUCGAAGCAGAAUUGCUUCCUGGCGAAGCGCAGCACUGCUACUGCAAGCUUUGCCGGCAGAUGUCUGGUUCUGCCGCCCAGACCUGGCUUCCUGCACCCAAGGAGAGCUUUCGUUGGACACGUUCUGCUGCCCUGCAGCUGAUGCGAACAACUGGCCACGGCCAACGGCAUGUCUGCACGGCUUGUGGUACUGUGAUGACCAUUGUGUAUGACUCCCAGCCGGACUGCAUCUGGCCUGCAGCAGGCACGAUUGAUGAUGCCAAGCUGAGAAAACUCGAUGUGGGCGCAGGUCGCACGGUAGAUGAUACUGCUGAUCCGAUGUGGUACCGCGUGAUUCACAUCUGUUGUGCAUGGAUGCAAUCCUGGUAUCAGCUGCCUGACGACGGGCUGCCUCGGCUAAAGUUUGCUGGCUGA